CCUCUAGUCACCUUGUUUGCCUCAUUUUGUCUUUGCACAAAAGUGGCCAAUUUGGCGUACAAAAAGAACGCUUGGAUGACGAGUGACUCGAGCAAGCAUCAGAAGCGUCAUCUGCUCGGAAGCCUUUCCGGCAGCGGCGGCGGCGGCAUAAAUGCCGACAACUAUCCUCUGCUCGAGUCGGUGCGCUCGCGGGGCUCGGAGCCGGGGCACACGGCUCGGUCGUCGGAGGUGCAGUCGAGCCAGAUCCAACGGACGAAUGGACACGUCGUGAUGCAGGCGCGUCACCGGCUCGGCGAGAACUCGAACGGCGCCCGAAACGGCGUGAACGGAGUCGUCGGCCAUGCGGCCGGAGUGGGCGAGGCCUCGGACUUUUGGUCGUUGGCCAAUCAGAUGAUGGGCGACCCGGGCUACACGGCGCUGGGGCUGGAGUUGGGCGACGAGAUGGCGCGCCGCGCCGUCGACGGCUGGACGGGCGAGGAGGCCGAGGAGGCGGAGUUCGAGGCGUCGGGCGACGCGUCGGCCGGCCGGACCGAGAUGCAUCGUUGGGCCAAGUCGGGCGUCGGCAGUCAGGCCAUCAUGAGCGACGAGCCGCGGCAGAUGGGCCGGUCAGGCCGGGCUCGAUUCCCGUCGGAGGCGGGCGAGAAAUCGGGUCAGCGGCACCAAUGCGCCAUCCUCGAGUACCGCUGGCCCUUCGUCACACUGCCCUCGUGGUAUGUAGACCUGCGCGAAGAGAUGACUGUCAACGGAGUCGUCAUCUACACCGCCGGACAGGGACAGAGUAAGCUGGAAGGCCUUGACGACAAACCGGAGGUUGUGACCCAACGAGCACCCGGAGCCGUUUGGUGGAUUGGCAACCUGCGUCGCCAAGAUGCUCACCAACCGAUCUCGAAUAUUUCUGACAGAGCUGACGAUGACGAUGAAAAUGAUGAGACAAGGUCAAAACUGCAGCGUAACUGA